AUGGGAUACAUUCGCUGCAUCGCCGCUGCUCUAGCAGCUACUGGAGCCUACGCGCAAAGCGCCGUUCCGGUUGGAAGCUCGCCGGUGCCUCAAGGCAACACAGUCACGGUCUCGAUCCCGGCGGAAUCGCCAGCUCCAAGUCCCAAGCCAGUUCCUCCACCAUUUUUGGGUCGUGCUAUCACACCCCAGUGUCCAGUGGACGUUGUGGGCUGUGGCCAGAAUGUCACUGAAUGGAUCACGGACCAUCCGACAACCACAUACGUUACCACGAAUGUCACGCACGUUGUACCUCAAACCGUGACCGAGACCAAUGUGGUCGUGACUGUCAGCGUCACCACAAAAUACAACACGACGGAAGGUGUCUGCUCCACUGUCAUCCACGUUCCGGCUCCAGUCGAUACAGUCGUCACGGUCACGCAAAAUGUCACAUCAACGCAAUGGUGGCUGGAGAAGAAGACUACCACAAGAGUCGACACCGUCACGGUCAACGCCACAAGCACAGAUGCUUGUUAUAUCCCGCAGAAGUCACCAAUCGGGAGCCCGAUACGCGGCUCGACCACAAUCCUCACAGAUCAACCGACACCCUCAUCAGAGCCUGAAUUGGUAUUUGAGGAUGAGGACGGAGAGGAUCAUGCAUUCCACCCAGAGAUCUGA